CCAAAAUAAAAUCUUGUGCGUAGUAUGAACACUCUUAAAGUGUUAAGUGAUGCAGUAUAAGAAAAGAAUGAGAAGCUAGAGAUAGAGAAGGAAAACUCCUUUACUUAAUGCGAACCUCAUUAUAUGGCAGAGAAUGAAUAAGUAAUACUUGAUGCAUAUUUUUGAAUUAGGAGGAAGAAUUAUAAGAGGAGAUUCAAUUACCUGUGUAUUCACCAUAGUAGUUAUCACAUUUCAAAAGGCCAAAGCCAAUUAGUUUUGAUGAAUUCAAUCUUGAUGAAGAUCCCAAAAAAAAAGUAUGCUCUUAAUUGGAAUCUAUUACAGCUGAACAAUCAGACGUAUAACCAAUGGGAGAUUUGGAAAGAUUGGCUGACAUGCUCUAACGUGAAAAUCAAAAGAAAUAUUCAUACCCCAAGAAUUUGCCUGCUCCCUCUAACGUCGAUAAUCAUUUAGGUGAAUUGGUUUUGCGAUUCGCACCUUCUCAAAGGUAGGAUGAAUUUGUAUCAAACUAUGUGAAGGGAGAUGAUCUGUUGAGAAUCAAGGUAGGAUUGUGCGAUGAUAUCCUUAAUGAUGAAGAAACAUUAAAGUUCGAAGAUUGGGUGGAACAAUUAUGCACUUCAACCAAUCAUGAAUCACUCAAGGAAAUGGCAAGAAAAUAAAAAGUCAAACGAUAUUUAGAUAAGAAGCAUAAUCGAACUUACGAAAAGAAAGUUCAUUAUCAUAUCAGAUAAAAGGUUGCUGAAGAGAGAUUAAGAGUCAAGGGUAGAUUUGUAACAUGGGGACAAGUAAUACAAGUUUGUUGAUAUUUCUAUAGGCAUUGAAGAUGUUGGAUGAGAAGGACACCAAAAAAUCAUGGAGUUACAAUGACUAUACUAAAAUCAAGAGUUUACUGAACGAAAAGUUUGGAGCUGUGAAAAGUGAAAAGUCAUUGAGAUUCUGAUUGUUUACAACACUUGCGUAU